GCGGAGCCGAGACGCAGACACAGUGUCUUUUUCCACAGCUGUGCCCCGUUCUUUGUCGAUCGCUGCUCUCCUUCGCUUUCCUAUCCGGUAGAAGGAUACAAAGAGAGGGGCAGACAGCAUGAAAUAGAGACAGAGCAUGAAAGCGGCGGGGGCAGCAGAGGGACACAAGGAACCUAAACGGACUACAGUCUAGUCCAGACACGGAUACUGCUAUCUCCCGACUGGAUACGGAGCUCCGCCGAUGUACGCACUGGAUUUUAUCCACCAAAGAGUGUCGAGACCUCGGGGAGAGGGGCUUACUUUGUCGCGCAGGACUGUCGGGGUUUAGGAGGGGAUCAUGGAUAAAACUUUGCACAUUCUCCAGAAAUCCGCAGACGGUGUGCCGACUGGGAUCUCUCUGGAUAUGAAUUUAAACAUGGAAGAAGGGGAAGAUUUCUCGGAGCAGCAGAUAGUAGGGCUCCCAGACAAAAUACCUCUGGUGAAACCUUAUUUCAAAAAGAAGCAGAGGAAAUUAGAUGCCAAAUGCCUCCACCACGCCCUGGAGGAUCCCAUACUGACCACUCUACUGAGCACGGACACGCUGGUCUCUGGCGAUGGGGUGUUUGUUCCCCGGAACCAGCCGGGCCGGACUCCGGGCAACCUGUGUGCGGCGGCCGUGGUGAAACAGAGCUGUAUGAGCCAAGUGUGUCUCAAAGACCCAGGAGCCACUGACAAUGCCACAGCUGCAGCUGGAGUACCGGGGUUGAUGACCCGGGAUGGUGAUGUGGAAAUUGCAGAUACUACUGCAGAGCUGGAGGAGACAGAGCGGCGAGCUGAGCGACCCAAAAUCACCAAUCCUAUCCCUGACAGCGGCUGCUUUCAGCCGAAACCUGGCCUCAGGGCGGCUGGGAGCAAGGUGACAAUUACUCCCCCAAGCAGGGAUAUACCUCCUAUAGUUGCACCCCAGGCUUCUCACCAGGAGGGGGGCAUCAAAAGCAAUGACCUCUUAACCUCUGGGGCUAAAAACCUUCCAGUCAAAGACUGCACCAGCAUCCAGGACCCCCAUCCCCUCAUCCUGCAGCCUGACAAAGGAGUGCUAUUUCAGGAUAAAAGUGAAGAGGCCUCCCUGGACCUGGUUUUUGAGCUGCUUACCCAACUUCAGUAUCACACACACCAGUCAGACUCAGUGGACAUUUGUGUGGAUUUCCUCCAAGGACUGUGUGUUUAUGGCAAUGACUGUGCCCACCACCACACCGUCCUGCCCUACCACUGGCAGAUCCGCAGGAACAGUAGUCAGACGUGGCAGAGUAUAGCAGACGACUCCCAGGAACAGCUGGAGAGACUGUACUGCAACCCUGACAAUGAGCAAGUCAGGCUCAAAUUUCAGAGUCGAGUGUUUUCCUUAGACUUCGGGACGAUGCGAGUGUGUGACCUGGAGUUUGACCGCGUUCGACGACUGUCCACCCCCGCCAGCCUUGUACCAGUGCCCACAACAAGCCCAAACCCCAACCCCAGCUGUCACACAGUGUGGAAGUACUACUGCAGAGACAACUUUGGCUGGAGGGAAUACUCUGAGCCGGUGGUGAAGCUCAUAGAGGAGGCAAGUUCCAGGGGUCUUAAGGAGGUGCGAUUCAUUACGCUCCAGAACCAGUACAUCCUCAACAUCAGGGAGGGCUUCCAGCAGAACGCUGUCUUUGGGUUCAGACGUCAGAUCAAGAAGCGGCCCAUGUUUAUGUCCUCUGUGAUGCUCACACCGCACCUACAGACUUUGGGUGGCAUCUCUUCAUCCCCCCUCCCAUGUUCCUCCACCUCAUCCUCCUCUUCCUCAUCAAUGGAUCUCUCCACGUCGCAUCCCCUCUCGCCGACGACCACCAACCCACCCAGCCUUUUUCCAGAAACAUGGUUGCCAAUGUCGAUGAGUCAGGACUUCCUGCAGGUGCCAGUGUCACGUGACGACCGCAGCUACCGGACGGUGUACAGCCUUUUCCACAAGACAGUGUCAGAGACCAAGUUCAGGAUCAUCAAGAUCCAGCGUGUGCAGAACCCCUUCCUGUGGGAGAAAUACAAGAGGAAGAAGGAGUACAUGUCACGGCGUAUGUCAGAGAUGGACCGCCUGCUGAGCGAGCGCCACCUCUUCCACGGCACCUCGGCUGAUGUGGUGGAGGGCAUCUGCAAGCACAACUUUGACCCCCGAGUCUGUGGCAAACACGCCACCAUGUUUGGCCAGGGCUCCUACUUUGCCCGCAAGGCAGUCUACUCCCACAACUUCUCCAAGCGUUCGCCCAAAGGAGUCCACUGCAUGUUCCUGGCAAAAGUCCUGACUGGCAGGUUUACUGUAGGAAAUCCCUCCAUGCGGCGGCCUCCACCCAUCAACCCUCGUGACCCCUCCAGUGACCUUUUCGACUCCUGUGUGGACAACUGGGUGGAUCCCCAGAUCUAUGUCAUUUUCAAUGACGACCAGAGCUACCCUUACUUUAUCAUUCACUACGAAGAGGUACCCAGUACUGUCGCUGUCUAAGCCCUGGAUCAGAUCUGGAUCUGUCUGUAUUUGCACAUACUUACUCAUAGUGUGUUAGAGUCUGUUGAGGUGCGAGAUGGGUGGAGUUUUCCAUUUAGAUGACUGUUGCUUUAACCAACUCCACUGGAAUCACUUUGUUAAACUAAACCUCACCCAUCUGCAGCUCUAAACAGGUUAAAACGGUCUAAGGCAUGUUUGCAAAUACUCGGUGAUUUAGGUCUGGAGUCAAAUGGAUCCAACCAGACUGGACUGUAGUAAAGAACAACAGACUGGUUCAGACCAGAUUAAACUGGACACAACUGGACUAGCAAAGGACAACACCUGUUUUCGUCCAGUGUUCAGAAGUGGAUGACAACUGACAACAGCUGUGGCCACAACAGACAUGGCUGGACUCGUAUACCACGCUUUGUUAUCUAGGGUUAACAGGAGCGUAGAGGUGAUUAUGGGUCACAAGAGGAUUUCAUCUACCUUACUGAUCUGGAGCAGAUGCAGGAAAAAACCCAAACCUGGUCCUCUUAUUGUUUUGACUUAGUCGUAUGGCUGUAUAUGAACUCAGUUCUACAUCAGGACAAACGCUGUCAAAGACAGUUAGUGUCCUGCCAGUGCUGUGAAUGAUCAACUGGCCGUAUCAUUAUGAGGAAGCAGCAACUAACCAAUCAAACGCUUCCACAGAGAAACCGUGGCAACGCUGACCCUGUCAUUCUCUUACAAAAGACAUAGUGUUUACCCAGCCUCCAGCCCAUACAUUUUGUUUGUUUUUUCUUUUGUUUAAAUUUAUUUUUUAUCAAGUCUGUGUGCUGCGUGUUUGAACCUUUUGAUUUAGUGGACAUGAAUCUUGUGGCCUCUUCAAACAGACAACGAGCAUGAGUUUCAGCGGGACUUUCACUAAUGGACAUCCACACAUUGUGAACCUCGAGGCAGAGGUUUUACAUGAAGCCAGUGCUGUUCCAGGUUGGCGUUUUUGCCUUUUGUGCCCACCCCGAUAGUUUCUUGUGCGUGGGGGGGCGGGGAGUGAAGAGUGUACAGUUUCACGCCGAGACUCAGUGCUGCCGCGGCAGUUUCAACGAUGACGGCGGCGCUGUAGCGUUUUCCCAACAAACUCCCCUGAAACUCAUCUCUCUUGGACCGCUCAGAAACAGUAGACUUGUUUUAUUGAGACAAACUGUACAGACGUCCUCUUUGUUUAUAUUUGAACUGUGUGCCUUUUGUUCAUAAAAAUUUUAUUUAUGUUAGUUUAAUGUAACAUUGAUUAAAUAAAGAAUCUAAAAGAAGAAAUGA